AUGUUUUCAACCAGACUCAGCUCGAAGUCAGCUUCGACAUCGAGCUCAAUAGCAAUCGCAUACCACUCACAGGCUGCAAGAUAUAGCUCUUCACGGCUACGACGUUCAUAUCCAAACGCCCACCACCCCCCACAGCUUCCAUGUCGACGACAUAUUCACUCCCAGCAAUUCCAGCCCUUCGUUCCGCCUACUCCGGCAUCUCUCGGAAAGCCUACUCGCGCAAAGACAUACCCGCGGACGAGCAAGUGGUUUCGUCGAUUCUUCUAUCUAGGCCUUUCCGUCGGCACCUUGUACCUAGUCGAUAGCCAGUUUAAUGCUUCCUGCGUUACUCGUACCACUCGAACAUUCGCACUCGGCCUCUUCGUCGCCCUGGAUUAUAAAAUCAACUUUCGGCCUAAUCCUCCGCUUGCGAAGUCUAUAGCAGCAGUGCAUGCUCGAAGUGCGGAGCGGUUGUCUGUUCUUCUUCGUGAGAAUGGUGGACUAUAUCUAAAAAUUGGGCAGGCAAUUGCCAUGCAAGCCGCUGUGCUCCCGCCGGAGUUUCAGAAGAUGUUCUCCCGAAUGUUCGACGACGCACCUCAGAACGAUUGGAAAGAUGUCGAGAAGGUGAUUAAAGAGGACUUUGGGAAAUCCGUUGAAGAGGUAUUUGGGGUAGGUUUUGACGGAGAUCCUAGCCGUGGAGUCAUGGAACGGACGGCCAGAGCCAGUGCUAGUGUAGCCCAGGUUCAUUGGGCACGAUUAGCAGAUGGGAGAGAAGUGGCUAUUAAAAUUCAAAAGAGGGAGAUUGCACGACAGGUAGAGUGGGAUCUAUGGGCAUUUAAGGUUAUCUCAUAUCUUUACUCCAGAGCUUUCGACAUUCCGUUCUACAGCCUAGUUCCAUUUGUGACUGAGAGGCUCUUCCUGGAAACGGAUUUUGAGAAUGAAGCGGAUAACGCCGAGCGCAUGGCAAAAUUUAUUGCUGGCGAACCGCGACUCCGCAAUAGGGUGUAUAUUCCCAAGGUGUACCGUGAACUUAGCUCCAAGCGAGUCAUGACCGCCGAAUGGAUUGAAGGUGUACGGCUAUGGGAUAAAGACUCCUUGACCCGGCCCUGGAGAGGAGGGUGGUACCAAGGAAGCCCUGGCUGCCAAGGUGCUCCGCUCCUGCCAACAGACGGUAGAGCGCCUCCUAGUCGUGCUGGAGGUCCCGCCAUUAUUGACAAACUAAAACCAGACCGUGACUAUUGGAAAGGGAAAAAUGGUCGUGGCGGUUUAGGCCUGUCUCUAAAGGAAGUCAUGACAACCAUGGUAGACCUGUUCUCGGCACAGAUGUUCCUUUGGGGAUGGCUUCACUGCGAUCCGCAUCCAGGGAACUGGUUUGUCCGCCGACUACCCUCGGGAAAGGCUGAGCUGGUGCUCAUAGACCACGGCCUCUACGUCCACAUGGAUCCAAAAUUCAGACAUGAAUAUGCUCGGUUCUGGAAAUCUCUAUUAACGUUUGACAAUUCUGCCAUUUCUGAAAUAGUAAAGGGCUGGGGUGUGAGAAACCCAGACAUGUUCGCAUCAGUUACCUUAUUACGACCCUACGAAGGCGGUGAGCACACCACGUUUAAGCAGUUAGAAGGCUUGAGCAGAAGGGAGAGAGCUGAGCGUCAUUAUGCCGCGCAGAAAGCCAUGAGUCAAGCCAUCCGUGACUUCCUAGGUGAUGAGACGAAAUGGCCUCAUGAGCUCAUUUUUAUAUCCCGCAAUUUCCGUAUCGUCCAGGGGAACAACCAGUUUCUAGGUUCUCCAGUGAACCGCAUCAAAAUAACAGGGACCUGGGCAUCCCGUGCCUUAAUAGAGUCUCCCGAUCUCCCACUUGCAGAAAAGAUCAGAAACUACGGACGCCACAUCAUAUUCAAAUGCGUCUUGUUCACCUCUGACAUUGUCUUUUACAUCACCAAGAUCAGACAGAUCUUAGGUCUGGGCGGUGGUAUGGAAGACGAGAUUGAGGCCCAGAUGCAGAAUAUGGCGAAAGAUAUGGGCGUCGAUUUAAGUCAGCCAGUAUUCGAGGGUUGA